GUAACUUUUAUAUAACAUGUGUGUUACUUGGGUGAUUUGGAAAUGGGGUACUUUUGAUCACCCAAUUAGUCAGUAUUUAUUGAUGUUACAAUACCUGUACAAGUAUAAAUGGAGGUCCCCAAAUUCAUAUUUGAUGCCAAAAGUCCAAGUGGUCAUAAACAUUAAAAGGUAUUUGAUAAAAAAUAAAAUAAAAACAAAUAUUAAAGCUAGAAACAAUGCCUAAAGAUGUGGCAAUUUUCUAUCGGAGUUAGAAAUAUGAUUGGUAAAUGGAUAAUUUUACUAAAAAUAAGCAUUUAUUCUCAAGCUUCACCUAUAAAGUUGAUCGGUUCGAAGUCAUGUGUAGUUGGUAGAGGAAUUUUGAGUUCCACAUUGUUUGUAGAUUUCAUGCAAAACGUGGAGUUUUGAAAAUGUAACAAACUGCGAUAAGAAAAACAGUAAAGAAUAAUCGGUUCAUUUACACAUUCAUGAAACUCGAUUUCCAUGACCCUUUAUAUCUCUUCGUAGCUAUAUUUGAGCUGUUUAACCAAAAUAAUGUUCGUGAUCAGUAACAAAUUCAAUGAAAAUGGUGAUUUUAAAAUUUCAUGAGCAAGUUUGUGCUGAUCAAUGCUACCCCAUUUUACGGUAUGUUUGUUUUGUACUUGGGGCUGCUCCACUGCAAUGCCAUAUGUAUGUAUGCAAAUUCAGGUUGAGAUAAAGUUCCAAAAAUUCCCAAUACGAACAGUGGGUUCAGUUAAAAACACAAAGGCAUAAUUUAGGUUGAUAUUAGUAAAGUUUAGAUAUUAAAUUAUGUUUUAAAAUAUUUGUUUUGAAUUUAUAAAAUAUCUUUUACAACACAAAAAAAAAAACAAAAAAAACAUAUGAUGCCUUUUAUUAUUUUGAAAACUAAACCAUGAGAGUCUGAGCUUUGAAAACUUUUUUUGAGUUUACCUCUCGAAAGAUGGUUCUUGUUUAUGCGUCGUUUAUUUUGCUGCAAAAGUGAGACUAACUUUGUGCUGUGUUUGUCAAUUGUUCAUACAACGCUUCAUUUCCGUUGGAUUGAAACGAUUUCAAUUUUGAACUUUGAAUUGAUCUCAUUGUGCGGUCGCAGCUGUUAUCGCAAUUCUCGCCGAUGAUUUUUUUUUCGUCGCAUAUGCAUAAACCACAUAGAAUCAAACCUAGGGUGGACCGCGCUUGGGUGAAAAAAUGAAAUCUGAGAGGAUUUUUAACUCUCAGUUUUUUAUUUUAAUAUAAUUGUAAUAUUUUUACAGAAGAAAGUAGAAAAACUCGAUGUAAUUCAAGUCAGAGCGCUUAAAGAGUAGCAAGCUUAUUUUUCUCAAUUUGAUGUGCUUAAAGAGUAUAUUUUAGUUUUUUUUUCUAUGAACGCCACUUUGGCCAUAAUCGUAUCUACACCACAACCAAUGGCUGUAUUUAUAGGCGUUGUACAGAUAAGCAGACGAACCACCUUGAUAGGUGUCCUUGAAAUAUUUCUAUCAUUUCUGGUGCAAAUGUUGCACAAAACUCGCUUUCACGAUACAGAAGGCGCUAGUGAAAAACUUCAAAACGAAAGAAAAACAUGAACUCCAAACCACAGACAAACAGGCGUCUUGCUCUACUUCCCAUCGUUUCCUUUUUUAAAGGAUACUUCAAAUAUUUUGUAGUUCGCAAAUCUCUCGCUCAUAGCGCUCGCAUCGUUGUCGCUCCUGUUUCACGUUGGCCCACUACCGCCAUCUACCCUGUGAGUUUACGAAAUACAACGUGGUUAGCAUUGGGUGAUUAUGUUUUCGUGACGAUGAUUUUAAUCGCAUUUUGUUCCAAUUGAGGCAUCUGUUGUUCUGUGUCCUAACAAUCAUCGAAUGCGUGGUCGAUGAAAGUCCCACCAGUGUAUAAUAUAGUGUUAAAUGAUUUUUAGAGCGAAUAUGAAGUUACCAUAGGUACCAGAAACCACAGGUUAGUCUUCAAUCGAUGCUUAUAAUUAUUAUUGAAUUUUAAAACUAACUUCAGCUUUCCAAGAUUUUUCUUUUUUCAUGCAUAAGAUUUGUCGCGUUUCGGCAUGGUAAUCAAGCAAGGUAAUUAAAUGAACAUGAAUUUAACUGACCUCACAAUUUGCAGUUGUGCUUCGUGAUUGACCAGAACAAUCGAAAAUGUACAAGAAAUCAACAAACGGAGCGUGGGACUUGACUACCGUUUACAAUGGACAGCUUUGAGAGCUCUCAGCUUAAUCAAGCGCUGUAAGUCACUUUCUGACAAAUCUGUUAACAAGGUGUUCACUGCAGCGUAGGUAGCGUUGGCCAUUUCAAUUUUGUUUGAAUAAAUACAACUUUACACCUCUACUAUUACCAUACUUAAACAAUUGUUGUUCAUAUAAUUUUAAGUAAGUUGAAUGUAGAAUCGAAAGCAUGAGACGAGCUCACCUGUCGAAAUGCAAUACUAAGACAUGUUGUCCAGCUGCAUAACUACCAAUACCCGAAGAAUGCAGCGAACAAAGCGAAAAUAUAAAAAUAAUAAUCAACGAAUUCACGCCCAUGCGACUCUGCGUUGGCAUGCUUUUUAUCUGUCAAGUGGUAGCACACUCGGAAGUCAACACUGUUUACAAAUAAAAAAAAUCACAUAAAAUUUACUACAAUCAAAAAGCGGAAUCAAUCAGAGAACGAUAUUGCUGAAAAAUCGCACCACCCUAAUGCUACUCCGAAGUUCUGAAUCUCAGCAAACGUAUAAAAAGCGGUCGGGACAACUCCUCAAACAUCAAACAUCAGUUCUACCAGUGAAAGUGAAGUCGGUCGAAAAUUCAUUCAGGAUGCAAAUCAUUUUGGCUAUACUAAUUGUGAUAAUUUCACUCAACGGCAUAAAACCGUUCACUGUGUCAGAUGAUCCAAACUGGGAAAAUUCAAUUAUAAUAAAUGGCUUCAACUAUCCUGCUGAUGCAGCCUCGAUAGAAAAAAUCUCAAAACAUAAACAAGUUUUUUGGUUUUUCAAUGCAAUAGUAGACAUACUGCCAUAUAAUUUCACUGAGCUAUUUGAGAAUUGCAACGAAAUUAAAUUUUAUGGUGGAUCUGUUAAAUCUAUUCACAUUACUCCUAAGUUAGACUGCAUUGUUUUAUACAACACAUCUACUGAAAAUGUGAUUAUUAAACCUGAUAUGUUCUACAAACUGGGCGAUUUCUCGUGUACGAAAUCAAAAUUGACACAUAUCCCAGAGAAUAUCAAUCGAUUAAAACAUUUAAAAAAUUUAGAUCUUGGAGACAACUUGAUAGAAAUAGUUCAAAUGGACCAGUUAAAUGGGUUGGACAAUUUGGAAGAACUUUCUCUUUCUUCUAAUAAAAUAAAACACAUUUACAGUGACGGUCCGGUGAGUCUGCCAUCGCUCAAUACAAUGUAUCUUAUCUACAAUCGACUUCAACAUUUUGACGUCUGCAAUUGGAACAUGCCUACUCUUUCCAGCCUCUAUCUCCAAGGUAACAAUUUGACACAUUUCGCAAUUCAUCAAUUUCCUGCUCUAGAACUAUUAUUAAUUUAUGGAAACCCAUUGAACUGCGCUUGGAAAGAUAGUUUAAAGAAUACGUCAAUACGGCACCAAUUCUAUAUAAGUUGUGACGAAAAAAGCGUGGGUGCCUUUGAAUUGGAUUGUUCACCACAAACCUAUCAUCAAUUGAAGCAGCAGGUCUCUAGUGUCGACACCAAGUUAAGACAAAUUGAAGUAAAAAUGUUGAACAACUAUCAACAAGUUUCCGACAGAAUGCAAAAAAUUGAAAGCCUGCUGCAAAAUCUUACCGCAAAAAUUAUUGAACAGCAAAAUGUCUCUAAUGAUAUAAUUGAGGCAAUGUACCGAAUUGAAAUCGAAAGAGCUUCCAAUCAAACGAAGAAAAUUCCAUAACUUUCGAAAUAAUAAUGUUCAUAUUUAUUAAAUAAUAUAUACCUAAGUAUAAAAAAGUUCUAUGUAUCGAUCGUAAGUUCAUUAUUAAAUAAACGUUAUACAGAAAAAAA